AUGGAGCCCCGGCCCAGCUGCGUGGUGGUGACCGGUUUCGGGCCCUUCCGGCAGCACCUGGUGAAUUCCAGCUGGGAAGCAGUGAAGGAGCUCUCCAAGCUGGGCCUGGGGAGGGACACGGAGGUGGAGCUGCGGACUCUUCAGCUGCCCGUGGAUUACAGGGAGGUGAAGCGGAGAGUCACCAGAAUCUGGGAAGAUCUGCAACCCCAACUCACCGUGCACGUGGGCGUGGACGCCACCGCCAAGGCCGUGGUGCUCGAGCAGCGCGGCAGGAACCGCUGGUAUCGCGAGACCGACGUGCGUGGCUUCCGUCCUGAGAGCGGCGCGUGCGUCCCGGAUGGCCCGGAAGUGAUUGAGUCGCGGGUCAACAUGAAGGCGGUCAGCAGGCGCGUGGCUGUGGAGGGCGUGGAGGUGCUGUUUUCCCGCGAUGCGGGCAGAUACGUCUGCGAUUACACCUACUACCUGUCUUUGCAUCAUGGGAAUGGGCGUGCGGCGCUCAUCCACGUGCCGCCGUUGUCUCCGGGGCUCCCCGCCAGCCUGCUGGGAAAGGCCCUGCAAGUCAUCAUCCAGGAGAUGCUGGAGGAGGCGACUGCGUCCCGACUGGAGCCGGGAUGCCGGCCUUUCAUCGCCGCUUCUUCAGAAGAGCGGGUGUCUGGUCCGGAUCUCCCGGCGCUGCGGAGCCCGGGAGACGGAGCGACAGACAGCCGCUGCGCACAGAGGCAACAUGACCCGGGGCCGGGCCCCAGGCCUUAG